AGGAUCCUGACUAUCUUGAAAUCUGAUGAUAAAAGAAUUGAAAGAAACAAGAAGCGGCGCGAAGCUUAUCGGAUGAAGAAAGAUGCAACUCAAAUCAAAUUGAAUUUUACAGCUGAGCACCAUGUAGAACCCGUCAUCAGUAUUCCGACAACCAUCGAAGAUCCCACCACAGCCGAACACCUUGUUGCAUCAAUCGUUUGCACGCCUAAAGUCAUCGAGCAUCACGCAGUAGACGUGUCCAAUGGAGCUAAACAGUAUGGUACACCCACAUCCUGCAGUCUUACUUUCACCGAGCAUACUGCAGAUGGAUCCCCUGCAAACACGGUGACUCCUCAUCCGUCUAACGUAUGCACGGAGGUCCUACCAGUUCUUGGCUAUCAACACUUGACUGCUUGUGCAGAUAUCUCAAGUGCGAGUGUCAAAACCUGUAAGACAAAACCGUUGACUAAUGAACAACGGGACCGUAUAAAUAAACGUCGUCGUGAGUUAUAUCGUGAGAAAAAAGAAUCAUCGAAGCCGUGUGACGUAGAUAGAUGGGAAACCAAAAAGACACAGACCGGGAAGCAUAUCAUGCAAAGAAGGAAGCAAGCCAGAUAUCAAGUGAAAAGACUAAGCCUAAAAAGAAGGCUGGUGCAGAUCGUAAUCGAGCUUACAAGAGAAGAUUAAAAGAUUUCUGGGAAAACAAUCUACACCCAGAAUCCAUCGCCAUGGAAAAUCCGCAGUUUACACCUCAAAUCAUAUUCCCCACCCAAGGUCAAUCCAAAUUAACCGCUGAAGAUUUUGAAAUUGAGUUAAAUAGACCGCCGCUCUUCGUUCCGGUCCCAUCAGAUCAAGGUUUAGAUAGCAAAGAUAUUGAAAAAACCAAUGAACUGCCAUCUGCACACCAACCUCGAUGACAGCGUGUUCCUCCGGGGGAGAGACAAAACCAUUUAGCCCAUCGCAAUCUCUUAUUUGAAGCCAUAAUUGGAAGAAAAUACUUGGGUCCCCCCAAUGAGAUCCCCGAUGUGGUAGAUGAGAUCCCCGAUGUGGCAG